AAAAAGAAUGAUACUUCGAACUCGAAUAUAUCGAAAUGUUGAAGCCUCUUUUUUGCGAUGCUGAUUGGUUGUCUCGCUUGUGCGCUGCGACUUGCUUCACUUGUGUCGACUGUCAAUCAAACUGCCAUACGAGUUUUGACAGUUUAUAUUCACAGAGCUUCGGAAGCGUUGGAACACUUCUCGGUUUAGUUUUCUGUCUGCCAACAUAUAGAAAGUACAAUAAGCCAAACUAACACGGUUCAGAAUAAACCCUGUGAUGGGCGAUAUCGAUAUUUAAAAUAUUGAUACUUUGGGUUCCACUAUCGAUAUUUUGUAUCGAUGCUUUAUUUUUUAGUAUUUGCAUGUAUCGAUUUUUUAACAGGAAUAUCGAACUUUCGAUACCGUAUACCCUGUCAUUUCACCGCGCAGCAAACGUGCGCAGGAAGCACGCCACAAGUAAAAUUUGCCUACUGUCGCGUCCGUGUGCACUCAACCGUUCCGUACUGGCACACGAGAACGCGUUACUUUCGCUUGGUGCGUGCUUCCCCUAUCGAGGUGCCAUGGUGUUAGCGAUUUUGAGUUUGUAUCACUGGUUCAUCCCUAGUGCAGUGUGGCCAGAUUUAAGAUGCAAGCAGAUGCAGCAGGAAUGGAGGGUGCAUUUAAAAUAUAGAACUUUGGUUGUUUAUUUUCGCGCGUGUUUAAUCGAUUUGAUUGAAAUUUACAAUGUUUGAAACAAGAUAUCUGUUUUAAACACAGUGAAUACUCGUAAACUUUAUUUUCGAAUAUUAUCGACUUUACUUUUGAUAAGAGCGUGCAACGGUAGACAGUAUGUGUGAUAACGUGUAAACAGUAUGUGUGAUAACAUUGCAGACUCAACGUGCUUCACGGUAAUUCUUUUAUAGGAACUAUUUGAAAAGACAAUUAACACAAUCACUUAGAAAAUAUUCGAAGAUAAAUAGAAGUUUAACGUGUCAUCAUGAUAAACGACGGUCAAAGAAAAUAUCCAAUAAAUCCACGGCAAAAUGCGAAUGUAUUCUCUCUCAUUACUUUCUGGUGGACUCGAAAGAUUUUUUGGACUGGCUAUAAUAAAGAUUUGGAAGAGAGUGAUCUAUACGUCACACUUAAACAAGACAGAACCAGUUACUUGGGCGAAAUUAUAAGCAAUGCUUGGAAAAAAGAAGUAGAUUCGUGCGCUAAAAAGAAAAAUGACUCCACGCCGCAAUUACUCAGAGUAUUGUUACGCUGUUUUGGCAUACCAUUUUUAUUAAUUGGAAUCGCACAAGCAGUAAUGGAACUAUUCUCCAGACUGUAUCAACCGUUAUUACUCGCCACUUUGUUGCGCAAUUUCUCAAACAACAGAGAUGAAUGGAGCAACGAAGUGUAUUACUGCGCAGCUGGUAUGAUUCUGCUAUCUCUCCUGGACUGUUUCAUCUUUCAUUACACCGUGCAUUGCACUCUGCAUAUAGGAUUGAGAAUGAAAAUAGCCUGUACUUCAUUAAUUUAUCAAAAGAUAUUAAAACUUUCCAAUUCUGUGCUGGAUUACGAGACGUCUGUUGGACAGAUGAUCAAUUUUUUGAGCAGUGAUAUUAGCAGGUUGGAAUUGGCCUUGUGGGAUCUGCACUACAUUUGGAUCGCUCCUAUUCAAGUGGUAUGGAUUACAUAUAUUAUAUUUACCGAAGUUGGAUGGGUGGCGUUAGUCGGAAUGGCGGUUCUUUUACUAUUUAUUCCUUUUCAAGCGUUUAUGGCAAAAAAAACGACACCUUUAUCGUUUAAAUCAGCGGAGAGAUCAGACGAUAGGCUCAGACUGAUGAAUCAAAUAAUCACGGGAUUACAAGUGAUUAAAAUGUGUGUUUGGGAAAAACCGUUUUACACUCUCGUGGAGAAAGCAAGGAAGCGUGAAAUGAAUGUAAUAAAACAAUACUCAAUCUUAAAACAAUUAGCUCUUACCCUUCAUUGCUUUGUGCCACGAUUGUGUCUUUUUGUCACAAUAUUGACGUAUGUUUUAUUUGGAAAUUAUAUCAAUCCUGAAAAGGUGUACUUGGUUACAGCAUACUUCAAUGUCUUGCGAAGCUCCAUGCUCUUUGGAUUUUCAGUGGGUCUCCAUCAGCUGGUGCAGGCAUUGGUAUCUAUUCGCCGUUUGCGAAAAUUUAUGAUGCACUCAGAGAUUGCCAAGACAAAACAAAACCCAGAUCGAAUGGAUGUUAAAAACUCGUUUGCGCUUCGCAUGAUCAACGUCAACGCCAAAUGGCAUGGUGACAAUAAGGAUGAUACACUGCGCAACGUGAAUCUGAUUGUGGCCCCUGGUAGUUUCGUCGCCAUUGUCGGUCAGGUGGGUUCUGGCAAAAGUAGUCUAUUGCAAGCGAUCCUUCAAGAACUGACUUUGACGAGCGGGAGCAUCGACAGUUGCGGCCGAAUAAAUUACAUCAGUCAGCAACCGUGGAUCUUCGCCUCUUCUGUGAAGCAGAACAUUCUGUUCGGACAAAAAAUGGACAAGUUACGUUAUGCUGAAGUAAUCCGGGUGUGCCAAAUGGAAUCAGACAUAUGUUCAUUUCCGCACGGUGAUUCCACCGCUGUUGGUGAGAGAGGAAUAAAUCUGAGCGGUGGUCAGCGAGCUCGGAUAAAUCUAGCGCGAGCGAUCUAUAAAGACGCUGAUAUUUAUCUGCUGGACGAUCCUCUUUCCGCUGUGGAUUCACUCGUCAGCAAACGUCUUAUUGAUGAGUGUAUUUGCGGGUACUUAAAGGACAAAACGAGGAUUCUGGUAACGCAUCAGCUACAAUAUUUGCAACUCGCCGACCAAAUCGUCGUGAUGAACAACGGCGCUAUCGAACAAAAGGGUACUUUCAACGAAUUGCAAGCACUAGACCUCGAUUUCAUGAAAUUGCUGAAGACAGCAGAGCCAACGAGCAAAGAAGCUGACGUCGGUCGGCCCGAGGGUCGUCGUCGAAGCCCUGCAAGAUGCGAGACAAAAAGCGGCGGCGAAGAUUCAGAUAUCUCGCCUGUUGAAAUGCGCGAAAUAGCAGCAAAGGGUCGUCUAUCUCGCGACGUGUUCUUCGCCUACUUCAAAGCGAGCAAGAAACCCUUCAUGAUCGCGCUGAUGAUACUGAUCUUCUUAGUGAACCAAAUAGUGUCCGGCGGUAGCGAUUAUUUUAUCGCGUUUUGGGUGAACGUCGAAUCGAAUUCGUGGCAUGAGAGCGACAACUCGACGAAGAAGUUUCUGUGGGAUGGUCCAUUGUCCCGUGAUUCGAUGAUCUACAUAUACAGCGCGAUGAUAGUGGGCAUUAUACUGCUGUGGCAACUUCAGACGGUUGUGUACUUUACAGUAUGUAUGUGUUCCUCGGUGAAUUUACAUUCCGACAUGUUUCGCAGUAUAUUGCGCACUACUAUGUACUUCUAUAAUACCAACCCAACUGGUCGUAUAUUAAACAGAUUCGCCAGAGACAUCAAUAUUGUCGAUACAAUGUUGUCGAUGUGCAUUUUUGACAUUAUCGUAAUAGGACUCAACUUAAUCACAGUGGUAAUUAUGAUCGUCGCAGUUACACCAUGGUUAGCGAUACCUACGAUACUUUGUGCCUGCAUUUUUGUUUUCUUCCGCUCAAUAUAUAUCUGCACCAGUCGCAAUAUUAAACGGCUUGAAGGAACAACGCGUUCACCUAUCUUCGAUCAUUUCGGAGCGUCUCUGCAAGGUCUAACGACAAUCAGAGCCUUCAACGCCGAAGAAAUAUUAAUGGCUGAUUUGUGCUAUCAUCAUGAUGUCCAUUCAUCUGCCGCCUUCCUCUUCAUGACCACUUCUCAAGCCUUCGGAUUUUACAUCGACGUGAUUUGUCAAUUGUACAUCGGGGUGAUAAUUAUAGCUUUUAUGGUCUUCGAUGGUUUGGCCGUGGUCAGUAACAUCGGUUUGAUCAUCACGCAGACCAUGUCGUUGACGAUUAUGCUGCAAUGGGGAAUCCGACAGACGGCUGAAUUGGAGAGUCAGUUGACUUCGAUAGAGAGAAUCCUCGAGUAUAGUCGCUUAGAGGAGGAGCCAAUGAUCGACGGUAAACCGGAGACCAAACCACCGGAUGAUUGGCCGACGAAGGGUCUCGUGGAAUUCAAAGAUGUGAAUUUAAUGUACAUUCGCGGAGGUGCUCAUGUACUUAAAAGUAUCAAUUUCAUCGUCCUGCCGAAGGAAAAGAUCGGUAUUGUCGGCAGAACCGGCGCGGGAAAGUCGUCACUGAUUAACGCUCUCUUCCGUCUGGCCUACAUAGAGGGAGAGAUUCGCAUAGAUGAUGUGUCCACCGACGCGAUUGCCUUGCACGAUUUCCGAUCAAAGAUCAGUAUUAUCCCGCAGGAACCGUUCUUGUUCACCGGCAGUCUGCGACGCAACCUCGAUCCCUUUGAUCAGUUCUCUGACGCGGUAUUAUGGCAGGCUCUUCAGGAUGUUGAAUUGAAAGAAACGAUUUCCGACAUGGCCGGUGGAUUGGACACCAAAGUAUCGGACGAGGGGUCGAAUUUUAGCGUCGGGCAGCGACAACUCUUGUGCCUUGCGCGCGCUAUCGUCAAGAACAAUCGAAUUAUGGUGUUGGAUGAGGCAACUGCCAAUAUCGAUCCUUACACGGAUUCCUUGAUACAAAAAACAGUUAAGACAAAAUUUGUAAAUUGCACUGUAUUCACUAUAGCUCACAGAUUGAACACUAUUAUGGAUAGCGAUAGAAUAUUUGUGAUGGAUGCUGGGUGCCUUGUGGAAUUUGAUCACCCAUACAUCCUUUUACAACGAAAAGGACGUUUUUAUAAUAUGGUACAACAGACAGGUGUGAUGGCCGAAAAUCUUAUGGACAUUGCUGCAAAAAGUUUCUAUAAAAAGGAUAGACCACCGUCCAGAUGAUGACAACCUUCAAUUAAAUAUCAAGUUUUUUAAAGUGAUAUUCAAUGUCAUAGUGACAUUAUAUGAUGUACUUAUUAUCUAUCAUCUGUGAAUUUUCUACUGGACAAUAAAAUUAUUUUUUAUGAA